AUGACGGAACUAGACGUAGACACGGCAUCGACCCUCGGGUCCAAUAUGGCGGACCGCGAAAAGGCCUGCGAGGCACCCGCCCCAGAAGGAGACGACGACGCCGGAUUGGAUCUGCAACAGACUCAUUCAAACAGAGAGUCGAUGAAGCACGUGGGCCGGACGGUAUCGCAGAACGGCUAUGGCGUGUCGCAUGAGCAGAAUCACGACGAAAAGGCCCUGGAGGCAGGGCAGCCGGAGAAGGAUCCGUACGAAGUUGGCUGGGACGGUGGCGACGCGGACCCGUGGCAUCCAAGGAGCUUCAACAAGGCGCGCAAGUGGCUGAUUGUAUUUAUCGUUGCGGCGGGAAGUCUUACAGUAACAUGCGCCAGCUCAAUAUACACGUCGACGUACGUGCAGAUGGAGGCUGAAUUCCACAACUCGCGCGAGGUAUCCAUCCUCGGCCUCUCGUCCUUUAUUCUCGGCAUCGCCCUGGGCCCCAUGUUCCUCGGCCCCCUCAGCGAGUUCUUCGGCCGCCGCCCCAUCUACCUGGUCUCCUGGACCAUGUACGUGAUCUGGCUGAUUCCCCAGACGGUCGCCAAGAACGUGGCAACCAUGAUUGUGUCACGCUUCUUCGACGGCCUGGCGGGCAGCGCCUUUCUGACCGUGUCGGGGGGCACGGUGGGCGACAUGUUUGCCAAGGACGAGCUGCAGCUGCCCAUGGCGGCCUUCACCAUUGCGCCGUUCAUCGGGCCCAGCGUGGGCCCCAUCGUGGGCGGCUUCAUCAACCAGUUUACGACGUGGCGGUGGACGUACUAUGUGCUGAUUAUCUGGGCGGGCGUCAUGUGGGUAGCCAUCGUGUUGCUUGUGCCUGAGACAUUCCACACGAUACUGCUCAGAGACAAGGCUCGCAAGAUCCGCAAGGAGACGGGCGAUAACCGCUGGCUCGCGCCCACCGAAAAGGUGCAAAAGUCCGUCUUCAAGGCCGUGCUCAUCUCCCUGCAGCGGCCCUUCCAGCUGCUCAUGUUCGAGCCCAUGUGCCUCUUCCUCGACAUCUUCUGCGCCAUCCUGCUGGGCAUCCUGUAUGUCUUCUUCGGCGCCUUUGGCAUCGUCUUUGGCACCCACCACGGCCUCGAGCCGUACCAGGUCGGCCUGACCUUCCUGGGCCUCGGGCUGGGCAUGAUCAUCGGCAUGCUGACGGACCCGGUGUGGCACCGCAUCCGCAGCGGGCUGAUUGCGAAGCUGUCGCAGGAGACUGGCGUGCCGGACAGCAGCGAGCCCGAGUUUCGGCUGCCGCCGGCCAUCUUGGGGUCUGUCUUGGUGUCGAUUGGCAUCUUUGUGUUUGCGUGGACGUCGUACCCUUCUGUGCACUGGAUUGUGCCCAUUAUUGGGUCGGCCAUCUUUGGAGUAGGAAACAUGCUUGUCUUCUCCGGUAUUUUCACGUUCUUGGAGUUUGCUAACAGGCCAUGUCUUCAGGUCGACGCGUAUCCUGCGUAUGCCGCCAGCGCCCUCGCCGCCAACACAUUUGUGCGCUGUUCAUUUGCAGCUGUGUUCCCUCUUUUCGGAGCACAAAUGUACCAUAGGCUCGGAGACCAGUGGGCGUCGUCUCUGCUGGCGUUUCUGACCGUGGCCAUGAUACCGUUCCCGUACAUCUUUUUCAAAUACGGCAAGAAGAUUAGGAGCAACAGCCGAUAUGCAAGGUCAUGA